AUGGACGAAACGAACACCAACAUCCUAUGCAUUCGCCUUGGCAACGUGUAUGUCAUAUCUGUGAGUGAUCCAAACAUCGCUCUCGAGUUUUUGAAGGACACAGAUAGGAUCUUCUCGUCUAGGCCUGAUUCCAUGUCAGCUUAUCUGACGAGUGGUGGUUACUUGAACACCGCCCUUGCUCCAAUGGGAGAUCACUGGAAGAUGAUGAAAAAAAUUAUUUCCUCUGAGAUUCUUUCGGUCGCUAGGCAUAAGUGGCUUUUAAACAAGCGAAACGAAGAAGAUGAUAAUGUACUAAGGUACAUUUACAACCAAUGCAAGACAAAUCUUGGGGUCACCAAAGGUUUGGUGAAUGUGAGGAUUGUUGGGCAACAAUACUCGAGCAACAUGGUAAGAAAGCUCAUAUUCGGGAGUAGGUAUUUUGGUAAAGGGAGAGCAGAUGGUGGACCUGGGGAAGAAGAGAUUGAGCAUGCUGAUUCACUUUCCAUAAUUCUUGUUUACGUUUACGCGUUUUGUGUGACGGAUUACAUACCGUGUUUGCGAUGGAUAACGGAUUUUGAUGGGCAUGAGAAGAGCAUAAGGCAAGCGAUUCUCACCGCACGAAAACAUCAAGAUUCUUUGAUUGAUGAGAGGAUUAAGCAAUGGAAAGAUGGUGUUAGGACAAAACAAGAUGACUUAUUAGACGUGUUCAUCAACAUUAAUAACCCGCGACUAAAUGCUAGCGAAAUAAAAGCCCAGAUCCUUGAUCUAAUUCUUGCAGCUUAUGUUAAUGUUUCAAAUAACACUGAAUGGGCGAUGGCGGAGAUGAUGAACAAUCCGAAGAUAUUCGAUAAAGCUGUCCAUGAGCUCGAUUUGGUGGUGGGAAAGCAUAGAUUGGUUCAUGAAUUUGAUCUACAUCAUCUCAAUUACAUCAAAGCUUGUGUAAAGGAGGCUCUGAGGUUGCACCCAGUUGCACCUUUCAACCUCCCUUACGUGACAACUGCUGACUCUACUGUUGCGGGAUACCUUAUACCAAAGGGAAGCCACGUGAUGGUGAGUCGUAUCGGGCUAAGUCGGAACCCUGAAGUUUGGGAUGACCCGUUAACUUUCAAUCCAGACCGUCACAUGAAAGGUGAUAAGGAAGUGGUGUUAACCGAUCACAACCUUCACACGUUUUCGUUUAGCACUGGUUUGCGUGGGUGCCCAGGAGUGCUGUUGGGCUCGACCAUGACCACAAUGCUUCUAGCGAGGCUCGUACAAGGGUUCAUGUGGGAGUUGCCCCCUAACGAACCACAUGUUGAUCUCAGGGAGAACCUACAAGAUUUAGCAAAAGCAAAGCCAUUGGUGGCUUUAGCCAAGCCUCGUCUGCCUCAACAUAUUUAUCCCACUCUACACAAUGCUUAA